GCCCUAAACCAGCAGUGGGACAAAAGCAGAUAACCUUCUCUUUCUCAUUUCCUAUAAAUUCUCUUCCGUUAAUUCCAAAUUCCCCUUUCUCUCUCUCUCUCUCUCUCUCUCACCGCUUCCUCACACACAUGGAUAAUAAACCUGACUCUCUCUCGCCGCCAUCGUCUCCGCCGUCACCACCUUCUCUCCGCCGUAGAAACUCCAUCUCCACAUCAGUAUUCAUCCCAGCUAAACUCACUCUCCCUUCCCAGCCUUUCCACACCUCCAGUCUCCCUCCUCAAAGCACAACCAACGGCACCAUCAACUGCAACGGCAGCGGCAACGGCAACGACGUUGUUGCAUUCGAGCUCGCUUCUUUCAAAUCGUCCUCCUUAUCAUAUACUUCUCUUAAAGAUAUUCUCCCCUCCACAGCCGUCAAUUCUCCGACUCCGGCGGCCGCCACCCCAACCUGCGGGUCCGCCUAUGAAAUCUCAAUUCGAAAUCAUCUGGUAAAGCAAGCUGCUUGGGCUUACCUGCAGCCUAUGUCUUCGUCGCCUGAUUCUUCAAGUCAGCAUUUCCUCCAACGCCUUUGGCUUAAAUUCUCUACUGCCGGUCCUAUAACUGCUUGUAUUCGUUUCAUUACUCUAGUUUUUGAUCGCAUCAUCUGUUUAAUUUGCAUCCAGAUGAAUAGAUAACACUGAUUUUUGAUACACUUCUUUAAGUAAUAAUUUCAAUGCUGUAUCAUUUCGUUCCAUUUUUGUGCUAAAGUUGUACAGAAGAAAACUGGCGUCUGCAUAUAAAACAAGAAAAAAAAAAGAAUGGAAUUGAAUUCCUCCCAAUUGAAAGAAAAAAUGGAUUACAAUUUUUCUUUUCCUUUUUAGAGAUUGGCUAAUUUUUGUACAACAUGGCUACAAAUCUUUUAAUUUUGGAUUGGUUUUGACCGGCGGAGCCUCAUCCGCGCCUGGUGGAGCUUGUCAUUAACGUCAGGUUCAGAGGCCGUAUUUGUUGCUGGGUCCACUGUGUUUAUAUAUUCUAUUUGUUCGUCUAGAUGGAGUUCAACUCGGGUGGAUUUUGGUGACUCUGAAACUUCGCUGCGAUUGAUUGUGGUACCAGGUGGCGGUGGUGCUCGUGAUGGCCACUUAUGUUUGCUCAUUGAAGGUGCUUCAUGUAGUGAUGGAGAUGAUGGUGCUGGUGGAGACCUUGGUUCAUAUUUCUCCGCCUUCUGCAAGUUUGGUUAGUAAUCAAAAUAUUAGUUGACUGCAUUAGUGUUGCUUCUGUAUAUUACAAAUUUGUGAUUCUUGCAUACUGGAAGAAGAAUCCGAAACUCUAUUCUGUAAAUGGAGUUUGCUUGAUUAUAGAUAAUUGCUUGAGUUAUAAGCUUGAAAGACCUAAGUCAAGGUUGGGUCAGGGACUAAAUUUGUUGGGUGCAAACAUGCUGAAAAUAAGCAAAUUGUUGAUUGAGAAA